AUGCCAUUGCAAGAUGUCGGGAACAGCUUCAAAUUCAAGCCCUCACGUCCUGUUACCUACGUGGUAACUGCAACUCUUGCCAUCGCUCUCUACAACACGAUUGAAUUGACCUUCCUUCUUUUCCUGACCUUCAAACGCCACAAGGGGCUCUAUUUCUGGAGCUUCUUAGUCGCCACAUGGGGGAUAUCCAUCUACGCGAUUGGUUUCAUCCUCAAAGACUUCGUCCUGGCGAACAGCUACUUGUCCGUCACCCUGAUCAUCAUCGGCUGGUGUGCGAUGGUGACGGGCCAGUCGAUGGUGCUUUAUUCUCGACUCCAUUUGAUCGUGCAACAGCGGAAUACCUUCCGGCUGGUUCUCGGGAUGAUUAUUGUCAAUGCGAUCAUCCUCCAUAUCCCAGUUAUCAUCCUAUGCUAUGGCGCCAACUCGACCCACUUCCGCGAUUAUGUCUUGCCGUACGCGAUAUAUGAGAAAAUCCAGGUCACGCUGUUUUUCAUCCAGGAGUCCAUCAUCUCGGGCAUCUACGUGUACGAGACAUGCAAGAUGCUGCGAGCGGGAGCGGGAAUGUUCCUCGACGAGCUCCAUCAGGAGGCGACCCGACGGCUGAUGCUGCACUUGAUCUACGUGAUCAUCAUUGUCGCGUUGCUCGACAUCAGCAUCCUGGCGCUGGAGUAUGCAGGUCGCUUUACCGCACAGACAGCAGUCAAGGCGCUGGUAUACAGUGUGAAACUGAAGUUGGAGUUCGAUAUCUUGAACCGGUUGGCGGAUCUGGUGCAACGGCCCGACGAGGUGCUGUUUGUGUCCGAGUCUGGACGCAACUAUCCGGAUGGCACAAGCCAUCAAACUCGUGGAGUGGUUGUUCACCAUCGUCGGUGCGGUUUCUGGGGCGUAUGGGUCGACAGAGUGACGCAUACCAUUGCCAGGUCGGUAUCGAAAGGGUUCAUCCGACCUGCGCGAACGACCCACAAGGAGGUUGUGACCAUCAGCGAGCAGAACCGAGUGUCUACUACAGUAGCGACGGAAAGAGUGGUGCAAAUUGCACAUCACCCGCUUGCUGAUGGGAGGCAAGACUCGCUGGCUGGUAGUAUGGUAGAUCGGUCGGAUGGAGGAUCGAUAGUUUAG